AUUUUAUGUUAAUUUUUUUGUAAUUUAUGUAAAAAAGUGAAUUUAAGAGUUUUUCGAGUAACAAAAAAUGAACAAUCAACCAGCAAUCGGCAUCGAUUUUGGCACAACAAAUUCAGUCAUUGCCGUUUAUCGCGAUGGAAAAGUCGAAAUUUUAGCAAACGACCAAGGAAAUCGAGAAACUCCUUCUUUUGUGGCUUUUACGGAAACGGAGCGUCUUGUUGGCGAAGGAGCUGUUCAUCAAGCGCACAAUAAUCCUGAAAAUACGAUUUAUGGCAUUAAACGUUUAAUAGGCCGCCAAAUCACCGAUCCGGAAAUCCAAGAAGACAUAAAAUCAUCGCCAUUUAAAGUUAUUCAAGAAAAAGACUUCAUGGAAAUUGAGGUUCAGCACAAAGGAAAGUUGGUUCGAUUGACUCCUCAACGAAUAGCUGCUGCAAUUUUCGAAAAAUUGAAAGAAAUCGCGGAAAAUUUCUUGGGCGUCGAUGUGAAAAAUGUCGUCAUUACCUGUCCAGCUUAUUUUAAUAACGCACAACGUCAAGCACUGAUGGAUGCUGCAUUAAUUGCUGGCUAUCAUGUGUCACGAAUGAUUAACGAAGCAUCCGCUGCUGCAAUUGCUUACAAAAUAACUGACAAAAAUGUCUUAGUUUUUGACUUUGGUGGCUCUACCAAUGUCAUCUCAGUUUUAAAAGUCACGGGAAAAGACUCCAAAGUUCGCACAAUAAGUGACGACUUGCAUCUCGGAGGCGAAAAUUUCGAUAAUUUGUUGGUCAGCCACUUUAUUGAGGAGUUUCGUCGCAAAUUUGACCAAGAUAUCAGCGAAAACAAAGAACUUUUGCGAAAUUUGAAAAUUCAUUGUGAACGUGCCAAGCGAAUUCUGUCGUCACAAACUCAGGCAACGUUUCAACUUGAGGGCACAAAGUUAGAAGGACAAAUCACACGAGCUCGUUUCGAGGACUUGUGUCACGAUUUAUUCGAAAAGUCGAUUAAAUUAGUGGAAAAAGCCUUGAAAGACUGCGAAAUGUCGAAAGAAGAAAUCGACGACGUCAUUUUGGUCGGCGGAAGUUCCCGCAUUCCCAAAAUACAAGAAAUGUUGCAGGAAUUCUUCGAUGGCAAGGAAUUGCUCAAGUCGAUCAAUCCCGAGGAAUGUGUCGCUUAUGGGGCAGCAGUUCAAGCAAAUUUCUUGCAACAAAAUCCAAAAGAAUUUAUUUUACAAAAAAGUGAAUCACCGAAAAUGUCAGAAGGCGAAAAAAAUGAAAUUGGAAUCGGAAUCGACAUCGGAGCCUCGAAAAUUGAAAUAGCUGUUUGUUAUGGCGACACAGCUGAAAUUGUUUCAAAGCGUGCAUUUAGUGAAUCGACUCCAUUCUGUGUUGCUUUUAACGCAAAUGAGCGCUUAUUUGGAAACCAAGCUGAGGACCAAUUUACGUUUAAUCCGGAAAAUACCAUUUUUGGAAGAGAUGUCAAACGAAUUAUUGGAUUGCAUGUUGAUGAGCUGUUAUUCAACGAAAAUGACGUAAAAAUCAUCGAAGAAAAUGAUUGCUUGAAAUUUUCAGUUCAAUACAAAGGUUCCAAACACAAUUUUUCGCCGGAAGCCGUUCUCUUGAUGGCUGUAAGUAACGUAAAGAGCAAAAUCGAAGCCGUUUUGCAACAAAAAAUCACAAAUGCAGUGAUCACGGUGCCAUCGAUGUUCAACAGUUCCCAAAGAUUUGCCGUUAAAAAUGCUGUUCUCGCAGCUGGGAUCGAAGUUGAAAGCAUUUUAAACGACUCGACAGCUUCUGCGAUUACUUACAUGAUUGAGUGCCAUGGAAGGGACGAUGAAAAAAUCUUGAUUUUCGACAUGGGAGCAACUUCAACGGAUGUCGCUGUGGCUCAUUUGACUGGAAAUUCAAUUGAAAUCAAAGAAUGUGGCGGAAAAUUGAGUCUCGGUGCAGAAAAUUUCAAACUCUUAUUGCUCGAACACUUCAAAACCGAAUUUGAGCGUGAGAAAAACGUUCGUAUUCGUGACAAUGGAAAACUCAUCACCCGACUUAGUGUUGCUUGUGAAAAAAUAUUAAAAAGUUUGUCGUUUAAAGUUGAAGCCAGUUACAUCAUUGAGCAUUUUUACUACGGAGAACCUUAUGAAAUGAAGAUGAAUCGACCAACUUUCGAAAUGAUUUGUCUUGAUUUGUUCAGAAAUAUCGAAAAACUCCUAAUGGAUGUGGUGAAAGAACAAUCUACAGUUGAAGAAAUUAUUUUUACUGGCUAUGGAUGUGAAAUACCUUUUGUAAACCUGGAAGUAUUAAAAAAAUUCGAUCUGAAUUCUUUUAAUUUUUAUGAUUCGGUAGCGAAAGGUGCUGCUUAUUUUGCUGCUCGUAACUUAACAAAAGCCUCUCAGAAACUUUUUGACUUGGAAGUUAAGCAAAUUACAACGAGAGAAUUUACGACUCACCUUGAAAAUAUUGAAAGCUCAAUCAAAGUUGAACAAAAUACAGUCUUGCCCAUUGAAAUCGAGUCCGUUUUAGCAUUUCACGAAGGAGCCUGUCUGUUGAACAGAAAGAAAACUUCAAAUGUCACACUAAAAACAAACGUAAAUUUCGAUAAUCUCGUGAAAAUUACUUGUACAACGCGAGAAAACUCCCUUUCUUUGGUAGAUCACCAACAAUUUGACGAAAUUUUGGUAAACCAAUUGAAAGAAAGUGAAGCGAAUCUCGAAAAAGAACAACUUGAAUACAAGAAAAAGGUAAAUUUAACGUCAGAACUUGAAAAAAUGUGCCUGGAAUACAAGCGACGCAUCAAAAAAGCCGACGAAACGAAAGUUAAGCUGACGGAUUUCGAUAAGUACAAGAUGCUUUGUGCAACUUACGAGACCCUAGAGUGGCUAAAUGAAUGCAAAUCGCCCACAAUUGAUCAAUUAACUCACAAAAUAGAGGAAAUCAAGAAAUUAUGCGAGGAAAAAAUAAAUCCGAUAUUGCUGGAGGAGAAAAAAAUUCAACUUAAAAAUAUUUGCAUCGAUUUUCAAAAAAAAUUCGAGUCAAAAGAAUGUCUAUUGCACGAAAAUGACUUGGAAAAGAUCAAAAAUUCGACGCAAAACGUUUUGGAUUGGCUUGAAAAUUCGACCGUUUUUCACAUUGAUGAGCUGAAUGAAAAAAUUAAAGAUUUAACCAAGGAUCGAGAUUUUUUUGAUGAAAAAUCAAAUUUUUUAAAAAUGUUUGAACACGCAAAUUAUCUCAUGACAUCGAAAGAGUUCAAAGAAGCUGACUCACUUUUUAAGCAUAUUUUUCUAAAUUAUUUCAAUCAUUUGGAUGAAGACAAAAAACUUGAAAUUACGAUGAAACGUGUCACAGCAUUGAUGGAACUGAAAGAUUUUGGUGAAUGUAUCCCAUUAUUUGACAUCAUAAAGGAUAUUGAUGAUGAAAAUUUGCUUGAAAUUCAUCGCAAACGUGGAAUUUGUCAUUUUGAGCUCAAAAACUACGAAGAUUGCUUAAAAGAUUUGAAAAUUGUGUUAAACAAUGAACCUGAUCCGGAUUUGCAAAAACUUCAUGAUGAAGCGAUUUUUCAAAAAAGUCUUAAAAUUGUCGAUGAAAUGUUUAAUGAAGCAUGCCGUCUUGCAAAAAAUCAACUUUUUUCUCGGUCAAACCUUAAGUUGGAAGAAUUGUUGUUGUCACCUGAGUAUAAAAGUUUCACUGAAAAUGAAAAUAUUUCUUUUGAAUCCAGAAUUUACAUGUUGCGUGCCCAAAACAAUAUGCAACUGAAAUGUUACAGAUUAGUUCUCGAAGAUUGCGAAAUAGCGGAAAAAGAUCCAGAAAAUCAAGAAAGAUGUUUAGAACUUCAAAUCGAAAGUUUCAUAAUACUUGGAAAUUUUUGUGAAGCUAAGGAAAAAAUUGAGCUGCUUGAAUCAAUCAGUCCUCAACGAAAACAUUUUUUAACAAAAUUAAAACACGAUUUGGAAGAAAAGAAAUUCCAAAAAGCAAAAGUUGAAUAUGCAGAUGGCUUUAAAAAUAAAAAUUACAACAUGGCAUUGAAAGCGUUGGAACAAAUUGACGAAGAAAAUUUAGAGAGACUACUAAAGCCAGACUUCUUUUGCAAACAAGCUGAAGCAUAUAUGAAACUAGUGCAUUAUUCUGAAUGUAUUGAAUGUUGCCAAAAAGCUUUAAAUGUGAAUAAAAAAUACACGAAAGCUUUUGAAAUACGCGCUCAAUGUUAUUAUUACAUGAAGGAGUACCAAAAAGCAAUAGAAGAUUGUGAUGUUGCAUUGCAGGAUGGAAAUUGUUCGUCGUGGGUUCGUGAUGUUAAACGUGAUGCAGAAAAAGCACUCAGUGAAGUUCCUAAUAAUAAUAACAGAAAGUCACAAGGACAUAGAAAAUAUCCCUAUAAAAAUUAAAAGGACUAAAGUUAUUUUUUUAAAGAAAUGUCUACCUGAAAAAAAAAAUUAAAUUAAAAAAAAUCUGGAAUUUUUGAUGUUCAAAACUUAAUAAAAUUAAAGAUUAAAAA